AUAUAUAUUUUUUUAUAUCAGUCCUUACUCCCAACAGCCUCACAUAUACCCAUUGUGUUGACAUUCUCCAUCAAUACGGAGAUAAUCAAUACAACAGGGAUCAUGGUUCCUGCACUUUCCAGCCUCUCGUUUUUAAUUCUCCUUUUUCCCCUGCUAGUCUCAGCAGCUUGCACAGACAAUUCAACAGAUACAGCAGGUCUUCAAAAGCUUCUUACUGAUGGAAGCGCGGGGUAUAAGCUGCAACUUUGUCAAAACCAGAUAUACAGCUUGACCAACACUCUCAAUUACACUGCCUCUAAUCAAGAAAUAUCUACAGAGGGUUACCCGAUUGGAGAUGCCCGUGCCGUGCUCGUUGUUGCCGGAUUCAACCAAACUACCGCUGUUAAGGCAUCGGGAACAACUCAAGACAGUGCUGCUUUGCGUCACGUUAUUAUCAACGGCAACAGGGCUGCCAACGAGUCUGUUUAUAAAGGUGGUGGAGGCAACAUUGAGUUCGGGGGUGCGAACAGUAACCAGGUGAUAGAAUAUGUGAAGAGUUACGAUCCAAGAGGUUGGUCUUGUAUGCACAUCUCCGAAGGUCAACUCAACUGUGUCAAUGCCACUGUCCAAUAUAACGACAUCGGUCCAUGUGGCACAGACUAUUUUCAAAAUUGGGCAGACGGAAUAUCCCUUUCGUGCUCCGCUAGUCUUGUGCAGAACAACGAGAUUAUAGAUGCAACGGACGGAGGUAUAGUCGUGUUCGGAGCACCGUUCUCCACUGUCAGAAAUAAUACUAUUAAGGCCAAGACUCGAGUGAUGAUUGGUGGCAUCAAUAUGGUCGAUGUGAAGCCCUGGAAGCCAAUCGGCAACUAUAGCCAUACCGUUGUAGAGGGCAAUACCAUUUAUGGGGGUUUUGCUACUUCUAUGGGCAACGAAACCAGAGGUCCUCAGGAGUAUCAAGCCAUCAUUAAAAUCGGCCUUGCUCUCGGCCCUGAUGCCUGGUUCUCUGACCAACGGUUUGGGUCAAACAAAUCUUUUGGCGGUGUCAUCCAAGACAAUCGAUUCUCUGGGGCAUUCGCUUUUGGAAUGGGUGUCACAAGUGCCAAAGAUUUCAUCAUACAGAACAACACAUUUUUCGGCAAUACUUCCUUCAUCGGUAACUAUGGCCCCAACUGCACGACAGGCAACAAGACGCCUCAUCCUUCAGACCCGCUUCUCGAGGAAUUAUCAACUCUCCAAAACACCACCAUCUCUGUACCUGCUUCCUCUCCGUUCCAGUUUGUGAACGGCACGGCCAUAGGUCUGACUUGCUUCGUUCCUCCAGAAUCAACAAGUUACUCAUGGCCGUAUGGGGACGGGCAAGUGAAUAGUGAACAAGCAGAUAAAGGAAAUGGCACUAGUGGAACUUCUACCUCGACUGGCAGCGCCAGUCAGACUAGUGCGGCCUCGACUGUCAGUUCCAACGGGAAUGAGAGUGCUGCAAGGAGGGUGGCAGGUCUCCCUAGUAUGAAGGGUUUUGUGUUAGCAAUAGCAAUAACAUGGACCAUGAGCCGAUCGAUUACGACAGGAGACUUUACUGCAGUAUUCUGAGGAUCAGCAAAACGAAGACGCUCGUAGCGCCGUGCCACACUGACAUAUAUAUGUCAUAUCCAAAGAUGACGAGAUGAAAGGAAGUAUCAUUGUUACGUAGCCCUGUAUCGAUAAUAGACUUCUAACCAAUAGUAAUAUCGGUUGCCAUGUUUCAAAACUAAAUGCAUAUGAUAGUA